CCACAUAGCUGGAAGAAGCCAAUGACAAUGUGGCCAUGUGCGAUAAGAUCAUCCAACGUGCCGUUAAGGUGUUAGCAGCAAAUGGUGUGGAGAUCAACAGAGACGCAUGGAUCAAAAGUGCAGAGGAGUGUGAGCAGUCGGAAAGCAUACACACGGCCAAGGCUAUCAUCAUGGCUGUUAUUGGGCUAGGGGUGGAUGAUCAAGAUCGCAAACACACGUGGAAGGAAGACGCAGCUAGUUGCACCAAGAACAGCGCGCCCGAGUGUGCACGAGCGAUACACGCACACGCCGUUAGCGUGCUGCCAAGCAAGAAGAGUGUGUGGAUAGAUGCGGCUUAUCAUGAGCUGAAUACAGGAACGAG